AUGGCUUCCCUUGGUAGUAGCAAGCAGCUUCAUGUAGCCAUGUUCCCAUGGCUUGCUUUCGGCCACAUUAUUCCUUUCCUUCAACUCUCCAAAUUUAUAGCCCAAAAGGGUCACCGAGUCUCUUUUCUUUCCACUACUCGAAACAUCCAACGUCUCCCACCUUCCCAUCAUCUCUCCCCGCUUAUCACUUUGGUUCCACUCACACUUCCACCAGUUCAUCACCUACCUCAGAAUGCAGAGGCCACCAUGGACGUCUGCACCGAUGAUGUUCAAUACCUCAAGAAGGCCUUCGACGGACUUCAACACCAGCUCACUCAGUUUCUCCAGCAAAAUUCUCCAGAUUGGAUUAUCUACGAUUUUGCUCCCUAUUGGUUGCCACCGGUCGCUGCUGGCCUUGGUAUCUCGCGAGCAUUUUUUUCGAUUUACAACCCAUGGCUCCUCGCUUUUGGGGGACGGUGGUUUGAGGAGCUGAUAAAGGGUUCCCGUGAUCGCAAAAAGAUGGAGGAUUUUGUGGCGCCACCCAAGUUGCUUCCUUUACCUACUAAUAUAUGCUUCCGGAAGCAUGAGGUGAAGUGGAUGCUGGAUAGCAGCAGCUCUCUUAAUGCUUCUGGGGUUUCAGAUAUGUACCGUUCGGGGAUGAUUCUUCAGGGGUCUGACUGUAUGUUUAUAAGAUGUUGCUAUGAAUUUGAACCCCAAUGGUUAACCCUUUCAGAGGAGUCGCUCCAUCUCCCCGUGAUUCCCUUAGGAUUAAUGCCACCGGCAACAACCACCAACGUCGGAGAUGAGAAAGAUGAUGCAUGGGUGACCAUCAAGAACUGGCUGGAUGGUCAACAAAAAGGUCAAGUGGUGUACGUGGCAUUAGGGAGUGAGGUUAUGCUGACCAAAACCGAGGUGCGUGAGUUAGCACUUGGUCUGGAGCUGUCAGGGUUGCCAUUCUUUUGGGCUCUUAGACAACCAGCAGGUAAUUCCACGUCAGUGGAGUUGCCAGAGGGUUUCGUAGAGCGAACCCGUAACCGUGGGAUGGUGUGGAAGAGCUGGGUGCCUCAGUUACGGAUACUGAAUCAUGAGUCGGUGGGUGGUUUCUUGACUCAUUGUGGUUGGGGGUCCAUUGUGGAAGGGCUAACGUUGGGUCACCCUCUUAUUAUGCUUCCAUUUCUGAUGGACCAAGGUCUGAAUGCUCGAGCACUGGUUGAGAAACAGGUGGGAAUGGAGAUCCCAAGAAAUGAGGAAGAUGGGUCGUUCACCAAAGAAUCCGUGGCGAAUUCGGUGCGUUUGGUGGUGGUGGAAGAUGAAGGGAAGAUGUACAAGGCAAAGGCAAGGGAGUUGAGUCGAAUAUUCGGCGACAUGGAGCUACAGAAUAAGUAUGUAGACGACGUCGUACAGUAUAUGGAGAAGCAUACAGGUGUUGCUUCCAGUGCUAUGGAUGGUUAA